GACAUGUCCCAGUUAGCACAGCCAGGGUACAAGGGUUUUAGCUUCGGCUCUCAGAAGCCUUCUUCCUUGAUAAUUCCAACACACCCCCAUGGCAACCGGUUACCGAUUGUUUCUCAUCCCCGCGGCAAGGCCCCUUCUCCGCAAAAACUUCUUCUUCAUUUCCUCCUCCUACUCUACUCGCGCGCUCCAACCGUGCCAGCCAUCAUCGUCUGCAGAGGAAAAGUCCCGAGACGUGAGGGUUUGGGCCUGGUGGGACUUCACAAAGUGCCACGUGCCCCACAAUUUCGACGUUCUCAAAGUUGCCCCCACAAUCAUGGAGGCAAUGAGAGCCAACGGCAUCAGAGGCCCUCUCAACAUCACCGCCUUCGGCGACGUUCUGCUCCUCUCCCGCGUCCACCAGGAAGCACUCGCCUACACCGGCGUUCGCUUCAUCCACGUCAAAGAUGGAAGGAGCAGCACCACCGACAUUCUCGUUGACCUAAUGUAUUGGGUCUCGCAGAACCCUCCACCCGCGCAUAUACUCUUGAUAUCCGGCGACAGAGACUUCGCUGGCGUGUUGCAUAGGUUGAGAACGAGUAACUACAAUAUCUUGCUCGCUACCCCAGAGAGCGCCCCUGGUGUUCUCCACAGUGCCGCCACGAUAGCGUGGCAUUGGUCUUCGAUGCUUAAGGAAGGAAAUCUUACUGGAAAAUGUUUCAACCAUCCACCCGAUGGGCCGUAUGGUUCUUGGUAUGGAAGCUACAAGCCUGAUUCUCUUGAAAAGCCGGCUCCAGUUGCGGCUCAGGAGGCUGCUGAUGCCUCUUUGCCCAAUGUGGAGGUCCACGAGCCUUCUUCUUUGGGUUCGGUUCCCAAGUCGGUUGUGAAGCAGGUUAGGCGUAUAUUAAGUUUGCAUCCAAAAGGGAUAGAUAUUGAUGUUCUUCGCGCUGAGUUGGUGAAAUGUGGUGAGCGUUUGGAUAAAGGGAUGUUUGGGCAUAAAAGGUUUUCCCGCUUUCUGUUGUCGUUGCCACGUGUACAGCUUCGGCCCGGUGUUGAGGGUUUUCUUGCUGUACAUUUGGUUCCUUCGGAAUCCCCGGAACCUUGUGAGAGCAGUUCUGUGGCAUCCACAAUGUCUGGUGCGAAGAAUAAGGAGAAAGGGUGUGCUGCGACUCCGAAGGUAAAUGGUGAGGAUAAAAGUAAGGUUAAGGGAGCUGAUGAGAAAUUCUCAAUUGCCUCGAUCCGUGAAAGGAGUUCGGAUGACAAAUCAAAGCCAGUCCAACCGAGUCCUUCACAAGGGAGAUCCAAUGAGGAGUAUGUUGAUGGUGAAUCAUCAUCUCCUGUAUUGGUUGAAAAACAUGUUUGUCAGCCACCAAAUGAGUUGCAGAAAUCUUCUGUAGCUUGUGACAAGGUUGUGGAUGUGGCUAAUGCACAACACUCAGAGACUCAACUGCCACCCAAGGACAACAAAGAUUCUGAAACGAAGAUGGAUUCCUUAAAAGUGACUUGUCAAAAAUCAUCUGUUGAAGACAUUGUUAGGUGUGAGGAUGCAGGUCAUAAAAGUAUGGAAAAGCAUACAACUUCAGAGAAUCACUCUGCUGGAAAUGAUCAAUCAAUGGUGGAAGACAAUGUUAUUGCAAAUUAUGAAUCUGGAGAUUUUGAAGCAAAGAAGAAAUGUGAGGAUCCGACUAGAAUGGAGGUUGAUGAAGUUGUUCACAGCCCAUCUUCUUCACCAGUUGAUGGCUCUCCAGUUGUCCAAACACCUGGUGCAAGUCCUAAAACUAAUAACAGAACUCCAACAUUCUUUAGCUGGAUUAGAAGCUGGUGGCCAUUUGGGAGAAGCAAUGAAAAGUACGAUGAUUUGAUCGCUCUUCAGAACAAGGCUGUGAGUCUUGUUGAGGGUUCCAAGUUAUCUGAACUGGACCAGACUGUUAGUCAAUCUGAAGAGCCCAAGUUAUCAGAACUGGAUCAGGAUGUUAGUCAUGCCGAGGAUUCCAAGUUAUCUGAGUUGGACCAGACUGUUAGUCAAUUUGAAGAGCCCAAGUUAACAGUAUUGGAUCAGACUGUUAGUCAUUCUGCAAAGCCUGAGUUAUUUUCUAGUGCUUCCUUUUGGAAUAAUAUGGAAUCUUUCAUUUUUGCACCCAAGGGAUCACUUCUUUUCUCCCAGUCAAGAAGCAGGGAGGAUGUGGUGCAUAAAUUACAAAAUGGUGGACCCCUGGUUCUUAGAUCACUCCCCAAAGAAGACAUCCUUCAAUUGGUGGAAUUGUUAAUAACAGAGAAAAAAUGGUUGGAGGAAAACCCCUCCAAAACAUUUCCUUUUAAGCUAAUUCGACCUGUUCAGAAGAAAUCAUCGGUGAACCAAUCCCAUGAUGUAAAUGGUUUGAGAUCUCUCUUUAUAGGUAGAACAUCACAGUCAAACUUGCAAAAAUCAUUAGAACAUGAUGUGGAGAAACACAAUCAGAGUAUUGCUCAUUCUCAAGUUUCUGCACCAACUAUGGAAACAAAAUAUACCGAGAGAUCCAGAAAUGAUAUAUUAGAAGACUGUAAAAAACUUGUGAGUGAAAUGCUGAGGGAACACCCAGAGGGGUAUAAUAUUGGUUCUUUCCAAAGACUAUUUGUUGAUAGGUAUGGCUAUCAUCUUGAUAUACAGAAGCUUGGUUAUCAAAAGUUGGCAGCCUUGCUACAGAUAAUGCCUGGGGUCAAAUUAGAGUCCACUUAUAUUUUUCCUUCUGUUCCUGCAGUCUGUGAUUCAGACUUGGAAACUUCUAUCCUCAAAACUCAAGCAACCACUGAUAUUCAUGCAGCUUCCAACUCAGAUAGUGAAUCAUCUGAGUCAGCCCCCAAAGAUGAUAACAUGGAAUCCCCAUGGUGUGAGGUAGGUCCUGUUUCUAUCAACAAUUCCGACAAGAGUGGUUUAGAAUUAAAGCCUAGUCAGAAAACUAUAGAACUGGAUACAUCAAAAUCAAAGCAUCCUGAUUAUGAACCUGUCGUAUCAGAUGAUGAGUUUUCUGCAUCUGAAGGAGAUGACUCUUGUUUAACUCAAUCAGCACAGCAAAGAAAGCCAAAAUGUAAUGAACAAGACAGUUCUUUUUGGCAAGCUAUGGAUUUGUGGCACAGCAGCAAGGAAGAAGAGAAUAGUGGCAAGAAAUCAAACAAUGUUGACAGCUUGGACAUUUCUCUGGCUGAAAUUUUAGAUUCAUCCACCAAGUCAACCAGGGACACCCUUUCCCAGAUUCCUUCAUCGAAAUACAGAGAGAAUAAUGGCAAGAAGUCAGACAAUGUUGACAGCUUGGACACUUCUCUGGCUGAUAUGUUUAAUUCAUCAUCCACUGAAUCAACUACGGGUACCCUUUCCAAAAUUCCAUCAUCAAAUUAUAGAGAGAAGCAACGGUCUCAUAAGAACUAUUCCUUUGUUGCUGAUCCAGUCUUACCUAACAAGGAGAAGCUGGUUGAUGACCUCAAGAAAGCAGAUGAGUCAAAGAUGCAAAACUGAGGAGUUCCUGGUGCAAGCAGGACCUGGGUCCUAGAAUUCCAAAAUAAAAAAUUUGGGAUUCUCAUAACUCAAUAUUACAGACAGAACGUGAUGGUGAUACAGUUCUUUAUAUCAAAUAAUUGCAGUUUUAGCUAGCCUUGGCCAUGGCAUUUUGAGGAAGAUUCCGAUGAUUGCUAGUUGCAACUCUGGAAAUUCUUUCCAUUUUAACAUUUACUGUACGGUUAUUCUUUACUGUUGGAACAGUUGAGUUUUGUUUUAUUUCAAUUUGAAUAGGAAAUAGGAAAUUCUUGACUGCUGGAGCAGUUAAGUUUUGGUCUUUUACGUGCUGUCUUGGCAGGUGAUCAUAUUAUAGCGAUGAUUGAUAACACUCUUUCAAAGGAGCAAGAACCAUUAGACAUGGAAUCCAGUAAAUUCCUUUAAGGGCUCUAUCCCUUUUCUUUUC